AUGGGCGGCGGAACUGAGCUCCAAGUGUGGAUUUGCUUGGUCGGGCUGAUCGCGGGUCUGGCCUCUGGCGAGGACGUAAUGCGGUGCUUCGAGUGCAAGGAUGCGGACACGACGUGCGGCUCUCCAGAGAACUCCCUGGGAAACGUGCGGGAGUGCCCCAACUCGACGAUGUGCUCCACCAUUGUGAUGCACUCCCUGGUUCACGGAAAAGAGUGGACCCGGACGAGAAGAGGCUGUGGCAAACAGGUCACAAUUUAUCAGGAAUAUAUCAAUAAGGAUUGGGUCAAAAAGUAUACAAUACAUGAACUGCCGGAGGGUUGUACUAAGACGGAGAGAACGAUAGAGUGCAACUGUCGCGGAUCGCUGUGCAACUCAGCGAUUCGAGGAGUCGGCAUUUCCUCAUCGCUUCUGAUCCUAUUGGCCCUCGUCUGUGGGACAACCACUCUUCCCGUCUAGUCGACGACACUUUUUGGGGUGUGUUCCCCAGCGCCUCACAACUGAUCGACACUUCCUGGAACUCUCUAGGCCGCAAAAAUAGUUUUAAGCAGAUUAAUCAUUUGUGUGCGACACUUUUCAAAGGUGAAACCUUGUCAAUAAAGUCACUGAUACCAAAUAAACCCAAACAAACUCGUUCUGACAUUGGAUAUGGAUCAUAAAUACUUGACCGGCCGGCCAGAUUAACAUCCGACCGAUCCUACACGGGCCUUCAGAUAUGGAUUGUGAUUGUGACGCAUCGAAGAAAGUGUGAGAUUUGGCCAGCUUGCUGUUCAAGCACUCCUGCGGUGUGAAGAUCUGAUAUCUGAUUCGAAUAGCAUGCAAAUCAAGUGGCAAACGUCUCAGCAUCACAAAUCGAACGUGUAAUUGAUUAAAAAAUAUCGCCAAGAGCCGAAAUCGCGAGAGAAGUAACAAUAACAGCACGCGCCUGACUCACACCACAAUCUGCUCCGUGGUGGAGGUGGUUAUGGUAUGCUGAUCACUGAUCACCUCCUCCCGGCCGAUCUGCACUGCGAUCCCGUCCCGGGUCCCCGGCUCUGGGUUCAGCGUACGACCUUUGGAGUGCAGUGACUGUGACGCAGUAUCGAUACUCGGCGCUCGCCACUCGGCGCUCGGUAUCCAGCAUCCAACGCCCGGUGCUUGGAUACUCGGCAGUCCCAAGAUGCGGCAGUUUAAUCACAGUUUAUGUGGAUUGCUAUUAUUAAUCGGCAUUUGCCCGCCAAUGUGCGCUGGCAAUCAUUCUCCAAGAGGCUGUACACUGAAAACAAUCGGGCCAGAGUUCUGAGCCUUUAUAUACUUUAUAUUUCACUUUCUUAGUCGUGG